AUGGAGAAGUGUGAGUGUCCGUUUGAAAGGGGUUGGAACGGACAGGGGAGGAGGAGGAGGAGGAGGAGAAAAGUGGGCGGAGCCGGCGUCGGCCAAUCAGCGCGAGGACACGCCCACUAUUCUUGCUGCAGCCGAGAGAAUGAUGGAAGGGCCGCCGCCACGAAACACACACAUAUAUCACGGAAUUUAUGAUCUGUCAAUCGUCGAUCAUGUGCGCCGGUCGCAACGGUGGGCGUGGCCUGCGGAUGGCAACUGUAGGCGUCCCUUUGGGACUCGACAAAAAAAAUGAAGAAGAAGUCAAUUUUUGGAGCAAGCAUGAUCGAGUUAGGCCCUUCGGAGUGAUUUAUUGGGGCCUGGAACUUUCUGAGGAUUCUGACAGCUUGGAUAAGUUUGUGAAAUGAGGAGCUGGAGCAACUGAAAGAAGACUGAAAAAAAAAACGCUUGAGCUCCAAAAGUGGCAGUUCUAAGUUAGAAAGUAUGUUGAUGAUUCUUCAGUUAUUUUUUGGAGAAAGUUUUCAAGAUGAUCUCAGAACUGGUGAUCAUCAAAAAGACCGGGAAGCUGGCUGAAACUCCAACUUUCCGUUUCCAAGGUCCUUGAAAUGCAAACAUUCUGGGAAAAUGUUUAGUCGCCACUAUAGUGGCUCGCCAAGGACUACUUGGAGAGGACACUAAAGUGGCCACUAUUUUCCGUUUUAGUGGCCCCUUCAGUAGUUUUUCAUCCAAUAUACCUUCCAGUAACUGAUAAUUUUAAAACAAACAGAUUGGACCAGUUAUGUCGAUCCAUUGACCCCUAAAGUGGCCACUAAAAUGUUUAGGGGUCUAGUAGUAGCACUUAGACUUUUAUAGUGGCCACUUACUUUUGAACCCUUAAGGGGCCACUAAUUUGACUGCUAUAGUGGCCACCAAAAAUUUUCCCAGUUGGUUAGGAAGGAAAAAGAAGUAAACUUAGAAGCUAGAGCUUUUCAAAAAGAUUCUGGAACUUUCUGGAGGUUCUGAAAGCUCAAAGAAGUACUUGGAAUGAGCUCCUUGGAGCUGGAGAGGUCAACUUUCAAAGCUUGAACUGAAAAGUUAGUGUGGCCAAGAAUGCAGUUUCAAGCUCUUUUUGGAAAGUUCUAAAGGAUGUCGGACUUUCUAGAGAUUAAAAAAAGUCCCUGAACUGAUUUUAGAUCCUUUUAAAGGUUGACUGUAGGAUCAGUGAACUUCAGAAGAAGAAAAGAUUAAUUAAAUUUUUUCCGAUUUUUCAGAGCCUGUCUCAAGCUCAACUUUGAAGUCUUGCGAACUUUUGUCAGCAUCGGACAAGUCCAAAAGUUCCACACCUUACCUAAAACCGGCUGA